AUGAUGAACCUCCUGCGGCACACGAUGACGUCCAAGUCGGGCGGGUACGUGACGCGGCGGCUGCACGUCCCGCACGAGGUGUGGUCGCAGGGCGGCGCGAAGCUGCAGAACCUGCCGGAAAAGGUGCGCGUGGUGGAGGUGCUGUGCUCCGCGCUGGAAGAGGUGCAGACGACGAGCGUGGACAUUUUCGGCGCAGGGAACGUGAGCAGCGGGAUGGCGAUGGGCAUCGGGAGCAUCGGGAGGCGCGAGGGCGACCUGUGGGCGCUCCGCCUGGAGGAGUUCUCGGCCGUGUGCGACGGCGUCGUCGCGAACUUUGGGAAGAAGCUCGGCGUCGGGGAGGGCUUCGUGGUGAAGAAGUCCACCGGGGUCACCUCGUGGGGCGGCAAGCUGACGCGCCAGAUCGACAAGUUCACCAACGGAAAGAACCUCGACUCGCCCGCGUCGUACGUGCACGGGCUCAGCCGGCUCUUCCUGCAGGCGCAGCUGCUCGACGAGCACUCCAAGGCGGUCGCGAUGCAGCCCGUCGCGCCGUCGUACGCGGCGCUGCCGCUGGAGCUGCGCGUCGCCGUCGAGAGCAAGCUCCGCCGCGCGUCCGAGUUCUUCGCGACGGUCGUGCUCACGUUCGUGAUUCGCGACCUCGCGCAGCUGCUCGACAAGUACGUGAAGAAGUGCGAAAAGUGGCUCGCCGAGUGA